UUUUUUUUCUUUUUUUCUUUUUUUUUUCUUUUUUUACAAUAUGCCGCAGACUUGUCAUGAUGGGGAGUUAAAUAAUUUAACAAGUGCUAUUUUAGCUUGUAAACUUUCAAAUACACUUAAUGAGGAACAAAAACCACUUGUCCUUGCUAUUCAAAAUUUAAAACGUUACAUGACUAAGGAUGGAGAAAAGUUAACAACUGUGAGUUUUUCAUGUUUAUAAAAUUCGAUGUUGUUAAAUUUAUUUCAAAUAUGAUAGUGGAUUUAUAAUACACUUAAGGAAAGAAAAACUACUUCUAUACAAAUGUCAGAUUUAGUCAACCAAGCUUUAGUUAAUUUGAUGAAAGAUUGUAUAUCAUUUGAAGAAGCUAUUGAAGAAACAAGUUCUCUCAGCACUUUAUUAAAUCUUGUUCAAAAGGAGGCAGCUAAGAUGGCUUGGCUUGUAUGCUUGAUAGGGGAAAAAAUGCCUCAAUUAGUAUCUCGUAGGAUUCAUGAAUACUUAAUACUUGGAUUUGCAUCUUUUGGUAAUCCAUACCUAGGAACAAGUGACAAUAAUGAUGAUUUAAAAAAUAUGGUUUACAUUACAAAUCAUUUAUUUAUACACUUACUCAAUCAUAGUGAGGAACAUAAAAAUAUCAUCAUUAAUUCUGUUGUUUGUUUAUUUAACCAAUAUAUUAUUUGGAUACAACAUAAUGAGCCUUUAACUACAGAGUUGCAAAAAUAUACUCUAGGUUACCUGUUAUCUUUACCCAAGAUCUCACCUGCUUUGUUUGAGCAAUCAUGGUCUAUCAUAUUUAGGCGUCUUUACAAUGACGCAGGAGACAUAUACUUGUAUGAAAAAAAUACAAAGAAUUCAUUGGUAAAAAAUGGCACAAAUAUAGAAGAUGUUUGCAGUUUAUUUCCACGUUGGUUAUCAAUAAUUGCAUUUGUUUCUCAAGGGUUGGUCAUGAAACAUGCAAUGGAUGUUGCUAUUAUGUUGGAUACAUUAGCACAUGACCCCCGUUUGGAGCUUAGACAUUUAAUACCUACAGGUGAUGCCUCAAUUAUGGAUACGCUAAGACCAUCAUUCGAACAACUAGAUUUAAAACCUGCAUCGAUGGACUUAAUUCAGUGGGCGAUAUCUUUAUUAUCAACCAAAAAGAGAGGAGCUAAUGAUUUAAAAAUACCGUUAUUUCUUUUGCAAUUAGUAUUAUUGAAAUCAGAAGAGAUGCAGGCAGUUGAUAUGCUCGUACAGCUCAUUACACGGCUUGAUAAGCCUGUUGAUUUAAAUGAUUCUUCCUCAUUAAGUGGAGCACGAUACUUGAUAUUAAAUUUGGUUUCGUCUGCUGAAUCCAAAUGGAUCAAUAUAUUUCAACUUGUUUUAGAAAACAUAUUUUCAAGAGCAAUUGCAAUGCAUAUUGUCGAUAGUGGAGGAUCAAUUAAUGUAGAAAAAAUUUUAGGCAACCUUGCCAUGUUAUUUGAACCUUUGUCUACAAAUCAAGACAAUAAGGCCUCGCCUGGUUUUCAGUCAUUUCAAACCUAUAUAACCUGUCAUUGGCGACAAGUUUUGUUAUUGUUCUUAAAUCAUCCUUCCAUAGAAUGCAGAGCGAUGGGGUAUCGAGUCUUAACAAACUCACGAUUUUGGGAAAAUUGUGAUACUGUAGAAGGGUGUGAUUCACAGACGAUUUCCAAGUUAUUAAUUGACGCUUGGUUUAGACUUAUGAAGGGACGAUAUCAACUAUUUAUUGGAAAAGAAAUAGAAGAUAGGAUGGUUGUAAAUGAGCAACAAAGAUUGAUUGCAAAUUGCUGUCAGCAUGAAGCGCUUGCAAAGAUAAUGCUUUCAUUUACUUUAGAUGGAAUAUUAGGGGGUGGAUUAGAGUUAUUUCCAGCAACUAAUUCAAGCAUUAUAAAGCAAGAGGAUUUGUGUCUAUUAGAUCAAGUAAGGAAGACAGAAAAUGAAGGAAGAAGGGCAUUCUAUCGUAACAUGACUUCCACAGCCUGGAAGCCACCACAAUUUGUAGCGAGUUUUAAUUUUGAAAAUCAAGAAGAAGAUUUAAAGAAUAAGAUUUAUGUAGAUAAUAUCGAAAGAACAGCCACUUUAUUCUUUCAAUUUGAUAAACAAUUCUAUGAAAUUAGUUUACACGUUCUUUCAAGACUAAAAACUAUUUGGAUGCCAGAGACAGUUAGCUUAGAAAAAUACGAUGAUGUCUUACCAAUGAAUAUACCCUAUCAAAGUGAUAUUGUCAUUGGAAGUGCAUUUAAAGAUCAUCCUGUAUUAUUUGUCAUGUUUGAAAAAUAUUAUAUGAACCAAGAUUAUCAUUUUCCACCCUAUCAUGAUAUUAUUCGAAGUGUCUUGGUUUAUUUUAUUGUCUUUUGGCAUAUGAAAGAAGUAACUACGGCAUCGACUACAUUAAGAUUUGCAACACAAUUAGAAGAAACAAUUCGACUUGUCUUUUUAUUAAAACCAAUGUUACCUGAUUUUUUUGUCUAUUCUUAUCAAGUAUUCCCAUUCUUGUCAGCAAAAGAUCUAGGUGAUGUUUUAUUUAAAGUCAUUUGGCAUUAUCUUCGUUGGCAGUCAUCUUUAGGACAUAUCCCGGGUAUUAAGGCAACAGCUGCAUCAUUAAAAGUAAAUAAUGAUGAAGAAUUAAAGAAAAAAUGCAAGAAAAGAUUAUUAACUAUUUGUGAAAAUCGUCUUGGAGUACUUGAAAAUGCUCCUUCAUGGCAUCAAACAUUGUCUAACAUUAUAUCAAAACUUCAAGAAUAAAUGCAUAUUAUUACUGUUACUAG